AAUAGUGUGAUACCCCUCUUCUUUAUCACGCACUUUCAUUCCUGCCUUGUGUUGUGGAGAGAUUAUCAGUUUGUUGUUAAAAUGGAGAGAUUCUCUGUUAUGCUGUGCUUGUUUAUUGUGAUGAGCUGCUGUUCUGUUUCUGCCACCUGCUAUGUUUCAUGCUUCCCACAUGAGAGAGAUGCCCUCCUUGCUCUCAAGGAUGACUACUAUAAAUACAUGCAUAAUGACGCUGCCAAGCAAUAUUCGUCAUGGAAGGGGUUCAAUUGUUGUGAGUGGCGUGGUGUUGAGUGCAGCCACUCCUCCUCCCACGUCAUCCAACUCCGCUUCUCCAACAAUUACAUUGCUGACUACUUCAACCAUACUUAUAUCUACAAAACACUUGUUCCAGUUUUGUUUCAAUUAAAGCACAUGGAGUAUUUGGAUUUAAGCACAAAUUAUUUCAUUGGCCAUCUACCCAAAGAAUUAUUUGGUCUCCAAAAUUUGAGGCAUCUAGAUCUCUCUUGGAACAAUUUUGAAGGUGAGAUUCCUAUGGAUGUUGGCUUUGUACACACAUUGAAUCACCUCAACUUGGCUGGGAAUGUAGUGUUUAACUCUAGUUUAAGGUCGGUGGAGAAGCUGCAAGAGCUGAGAUAUUUGUCUCUUGAAGAUGUAGUGUUGAAUAUGACAACCUGGAAUUUGGAAGCAACCAUCUCUCAUCUCCAUCAUCUCCAUUACCUAAACCUUGCCAAUUGCUAUCUAUCAGGGCACAUCCCCAAUGCCAUCCAAAACCUCACCUCCCUCUCCCAUCUUAUUUUAGAUGAAAAUGACCUUAGUUCUAUAGUGCCUUCAUGGUUGGGAAAUAUGCCUCAUUUGCAAGAGCUUAGUUUGUUUGAAAACCCAUCAUUGAGCGGAGAUGUAGGUCAGAUGUUAUGUUGUCAAUGGCCACAAUUGACCAAAUUUGAUUUGGGAAAUACCAAUAUAACAGGGAUUAUUCCACCUUGUAUUGGAAAUAUUUCUUCCCUCCUCCAUAUUGAUAUGAGUCAAUCAGUGGAUUACUUUGGUAUGGGAAAGGUGGGAGGAAUUAUUCCUUCUUCCCUUGGCAACAUCUCUAGUCUUCAGUCACUAAAUCUUGGAGGAAACUCAUUGAGUGGAGAGAUCCCACCUUCACUUGGUCAACUUUCAUCUUUGACUGAACUUGAUCUCUAUUCCAACAAUUUGCAAGGUAAUUUUUCUCUUGAUUCUUUAACAAGUACUAGUAACAAUCUUGAACUUGAUCUUUCUUAUAACAAAUUGACUAUCCAAGUUGACCCUCAAUGGAUACCUCUAUUUUCCCUUCAAAUUUUGGCAUUGGCUUCUUGCAAUAUUGAAGGUAUCAUACCCCCAUUCCUUUCAACACAAUAUGGAUUGAGUGAUUUGGAUCUCUCCCAAAAUAAUCUAUGGGGAACCAUUCCACCUUGGCUAGGAGAUUUGCCUAGUCUACAAAUUUUAAAUCUAUCAUAUAAUAAUUUACAAGGUCCACUACCCCUUACCAUCUACAUGCAUUCAUUCACAUAUUUAGACCUACAUAACAAUCAAUUGAAUGGUUGUCUUCCAAUUCCUUCAGGAUCUUCCUCAUAUGUUCAACUAUUGGAUCUAUCAGAAAAUGGUUUUACAGGUGUUAUCCCAGUGCAAAUUGGCAAGAUUUUACAAGACAUUAGAUUCUUGUCAUUUUCAUCAAAUUAUCUAAGAGGUGGAAUUCCUUCUACCAUUGGUCUUUUGCAACAGCUAGAAGUUCUAGACCUAUCAAAGAAUAGAUUAUCUGGUAAAAUACCAUUGAGACUGAUUAAUUGCUCUUCUUUGACAAGACUGAACUUGGGAAAGAAUAAUUUGAUGGGGGAGAUUCCAGCUCAGAUAGGAAUGUUAAGCUAUCUUGUGGCACUACAACUGAAUGGAAAUAUGCUUAAGGGAAACUUGCCAUCUAGUCUUCAGAAUUGCUCCAGCUUGCAGAUUUUAGAUGUGGGUGAUAAUUUAUUAGUGGGAAAUAUACCCCUUUGGCUAUCAAAAUUCACCGAGUUGAUGAUACUUAUUUUAAGGUCAAAUAAACUCCAAGGGAACAUUCCAAACCAAUUAAGCAAUCUUUCAAAAUUGCAUGUGCUAGAUAUUUCACAUAAUUAUUUGACUGGGGCCAUCCCACCACAGUUGGGAAAUUUAAUAGCAAUGAUGGAUCCACAUCCACAAGUAAAAAGCUCAAAUGAUCAUUCCUAUUAUUACAAAGAAGAGAUCCAAGUUAUCAACAAAGGAUUAGAAUUGAUGUAUUAUAAUUCUAUUUUGUUACUUAUAACUUGCAUUGAUCUAUCUGCAAAUCAAUUAUCAGGUGGCAUUCCUUCAGAAAUUGGAAAUCUUAAAGGUAUACACACUUUGAACUUCUCAAGGAACAAUCUUACAGGAAAUAUUCCAAUCACUUUUGCAAUGCUAGAGCAGUUAGAAUCAUUGGAUCUUUCAAACAACAAAUUGCAUGGAAGCAUUCCAAAUGACAUGCUAAAAGUUUCUAGCCUGAGCACUUUUAUUAUAUCUAACAACAUGUUUUGUGGAAGCAUCCCAAGAGGGGGUCAGUUUGCAACUUUCUCUGCCACCUAUUUCUCUAAGAAUCCUAAUCUUUGUGGAUUCCCAGUUGAUAAUAUGACAUGUAAAUGUGGAGAUAAUAAAAAAUCUAGCAUGAUUUAUCUUCCAGAACAAGAGACUCAAGGAGAAGGAGAAAUUCCAUGGCAUUGGUAUGUCGAGUGGAUGACAAGUUUUGCUGUUGGAUUUUGGGGGGUGUUUGGAAUCUUGAUUGCCAAAAGGUAUUGGAGAAGAAGAUUCAUCCAAAUCUUAGAUGAAUUUGCCAUUAUUUUUGUAGAUAUAUUAAGUUGUACUUGAUAGGCAAAUAUAAUUUGUACAAAUAUAAUUUUGUGUAUGGAAAUGUAUCGAUUUCCUCAGUCACAAUUUUAUGAAGCAUGCAAAUUAGAGUUGAUGAAAAUAUAUGUAUCAUUAUUAAUUAAUUAGCAAAAAAAUUAUUG